AUGAGCAUGGACUUUUCACUCGAGGACACACAGAAUGCUGCACCAGGAUUGUCCAGUAUGGCUGAACAACAAAAAUUGAACACGGCACCACGGAAAGCAGACACGCAAAGUGUGACCAAGAGGCUUCAGUCAGAACUCAUGACCCUCAUGAUGUCUCCGACCCCAGGAAUCUCGGCCUUCCCAGAUGCGGAUGGUAACCUUCUACGCUGGACUGCGACCAUCGUCGGACCAAAAGAAACACCUUAUGCGGACCUCAACCUCAGACUGAGCUUUGAAUUCCCCGGCAACUAUCCGUAUGCUCCCCCGACAGUCUUAUUCAAGACACCGAUCUAUCAUCCAAACAUUGACUUCAGUGGCCGAAUAUGCCUCGAUAUCUUGAAGGACAAGUGGAGUGCGGUCUACAACGUUCAAACAGUGUUGCUGAGCCUGCAGAGUUUGCUGGGUGAACCCAACAAUGCUAGUCCGUUGAACAAUGAGGCCGCUCAACUCCACCAGAAGGAUCCGGAGGAAUACCAGAGAAAGGUGCUGGCUCGUCACCAGGAUAUUGACGAGUAA